AUGGCCACCAAGCGGCUGCGCAAGGAGUACCUGGCCAUGCAGCGCAAGCCCGUGGACUACAUCCAGGCCGUGCCCGUGGAGAGCAACAUCCUCGAGUGGCACUACGUCAUCACCGGCACCAAGGGCACGCCCUACGAGGGAGGGUUCUACCACGGCAAGCUCAAGUUCCCGCCCGAGUACCCCAUGAAGCCUCCGUCCGUGAUGAUGAUCACGCCCAACGGCCGCUUCAAGACCAACCAGCGACUGUGUCUCAGCAUGUCGGACUUCCACCCAGAGACGUGGAACCCCAUGUGGUCCGUCAGCUCCAUCCUCACGGGCCUCUACUCCUUCAUGCUGGAGAACCAGGCGACGUUGGGUAGUAUCAGCACGACGGACGCCCAGAAGCGGAAGUACGCGGCAGCGUCGCUGGAGACCAACUGUACCAAUGCCACGUUCCGGAGACUGUUCCCCGACCUGGUGGCGCUGCAGGAGGAGAGGGAGAAGGACCAGGAGCUGCUGCACCAGCUUUCUCCUGCAGGGGAGGGCGCCACAACUUCAGGUAGUGCGAAGGCCUCGGAGAACGGCGGGGCGAUAGAGGACUGGUCCACGACAGUGUACCUGAUCGGCAGUGUGCUCAUGGUGGCCACUCUCGCGGCAUACUGGCUGUCGUAA